AUGUCCACCACCACUACAACCAUCCAGGAAGCCGCCGCCGCGACCAACGAGUCCUUCACCAUCAAGGACCUGGUCGACUUCAGCGGCAAGACAUACGGCGACUGGCGAGAUGAGUUCCACAAGAACGGCUGCGUCGUGCUCAAGAAUGUCAUCUCCCCCGAGCGCGCCAAGUACUACUGCGACAAGCAGAUCGAGUGGCUCAAGAAGUUCGAGCUGGGCUUCGACGAGAACGAUGAGUCGACUUGGACGGCUGAACACCUCCCCGUCAGCUUCAAGGGCGGCAUGUACUUUGCGUACGGCUCAACGCAUGAGAAGAUGGCGUGGGAGGCGCGCACCGAGCCAGCGGUUAUCGAGAUCUUUGAGAAGCUGUGGGAGACGAAGGAGUUGCUUUGCUCGUUUGACGGCUCCAAUAUUUCUCUGCCCCGUCGCAAGGACCUGAACUGGAGCCCGUGGCCGCAUUGCGAUCAGAAUCCCGACCGGAAGGGCAUGCAAGCUGUCCAAGGCCUGCUGAACUUUGCCCCCAACGGCCCCAAGGACGGCGGGCUGAUGCUCAUGAAAGGCUCCGCAAAACUCUUCGACGAGUUCUUCGCCCAGAAGCGCGACGCCUAUGACCACGAGGACGCGCCACCCCCAGAGCUAAAGUACAUGGACCUCUUCCUCUUCCACGAAAAGGAUCUGAAGUGGUUCGAAGACCGCGGAUGCGAACUCGUCAAGAUCAACAUGGAGCCCGGUGACUUUGUCCUCUGGGACAGCCGGACGAUGCACUAUGCGUGCUUGCCCGAGGGAGACCAGAUUCGCCACGUCCAGUAUAUCUGCAUGACGCCGAGACGGUUUGCGACUGACAAGGCGCUAGAGCUCAAGAAGGUGUGCUUUGAGAACUAUAUGGGGACGACGCAUUGGCCGCAUUGCAACAUUCGUCCCGCGACUGAGAAGCCGAUGCGCAACGGCGAGGUCUGUCCAAAGUACCGCACAGAGCCGUUCGAGAAGCCUGUCCUUACGGAGAGAUUGUUGCAGUUGGCGGGGGUGAAGCCUUACUAG